AUGGAGAUGAAGCCUUUUCCCUGGCCAGCUGCAGAUCAAGGAGUCAGGAUGGGUCAGGCCUGCAAGGGUGGGAAUUAAAAAAAAAAAUAGGAGGGAAGAGAUAGAAGGAAACCCAGAAACUCCAAAGAGACGCAGAGGGAGAGAGAGAAACAGAAUUAGCAGAAAGAAAAACGUUCCCUAUUAUCAGCAGCAGGGAAAUAAAGCUUACAGGAUGUAUGGAGGAGGGGAGGCUGCAAGGGAAGUGUAGAGAUUGUGCUAAGUGUGGUGCAGAAGUAACCAAAAGAAGGCAAAGUUUCUUUUUCCAAGGAGGAUUUGGAAGUUUAACAAAAGAGAGGAGGAGGGGGGGGGGCAUGAAUCCAGAUGCUGCUUCCAUUGCUUUUCUCAAGUUACACAAGAUGAAGGAGGAAGAGAGUGGAGCUGCUCCCUUGAUUUUGAAAGAGGGGAGCAGGUGUGAUGUCAAAUGCUGACACAAUGACUGUGAGACGGGCAGCAAAGGUGACCAGGAAUAAGGAGCACUCUCUGCACCAGCCAACCUGCAGGGUAAACUUUGUAGGUAAAGAGAAUUCUUGGAAACAAAUUGGAGUACAUGAACUUGAUUUAUCUAGUAAGAGCCAAAGUGAAAAUAUAUUUAUCCACUUAAAACCCAUUCAGAGACCAUCCUUUGAGAAGAGUCCACUUAAAGGUCUAGGGAAUCUGCCAGAAGAGGGAACUACAGAAGGUUUACUACAGAAUAUGCUUAAACACAAAAUGAUCAUCACUGACCCAGUUAUGGAGCUUAAUGUGAAGGAACAUGGCCAGAUACUUCCAAAACAGUUGGGAGAUACUAAGAUAUCCCCCACCCCACAAAAAAUCCCAUUGAAAAAGACUUCUAGCAUCAAAGAAAAAAUUUCCGAAUGGGAAGGGAAGAGAGAGUCUCCAUCUCCUGUGCUCAACAGAAAGGAGGUAACAGCGAUAAAGAGGCAAAACUCUACAGGACCCUUGACGGGUGACAAGGUUAUUGGGGAAGUAAAAGGGUGCCCGAAAGGCAGCAUUAAAAGGAUGCUUAGCUGGGAGAUGGAAAGCAGAGAAAUUGAAAAGCAAGAAGCUGUGAAAUUAGAGAAACAGACAGAGAAAGAGCAAGAUCAAACUAUGGACAAACUCAAUGAGCCAACCUCUGGCACCAAAAAGGACCAGAAACUGGUAUUAAGUCAGGUAAAAAAGUUUGAACGUACCUUGAAAGACAGCCCAUCAGAGGUUCAUCCACAGUUACCAGGGACUUAUUACUCACAACAGUAUCUUAUAGAGGCAGAAGAAAACAGGACAGGCUCCAAGCCUAAAUGGGGGUUGGACUCUGAGAGUGGUGAGCCUAUAUUUGGGACUGUGGGAGAGGGAAAAAUAUCUAGGAGGCAGAGCAAUUCUGAGAAUGUGUAUACAGAACCUGGGACCAUUGAGCAGAAAUUACCCAUAAACCCUCUGCCUAAGCCUAGAAGGACUUUCCGACAUGAAGGUGAAGGUGAACUUAGCUCUCGUAGGAUAGGCGGCUUACGGAAACUGAAUAGGGACUUGCCUCCUCUUCCCUGCAUACCACCUCCUCCUCUCCCAACGUCCCCACCGCCUUCAGCUGUUAGCAGGCGACACUGGAACAACAAGCACAAGAGUAAUGGAGACCACAGGAAGUCCUAUGAAUUUGAGGAUCUUCUGCAGUCUUCAGAAAAUGGCAGAGUAGACUGGUAUGCACAGAGCAAGCUUUCCCUGACACGCACUUUAUCUGAGGAAAAUGUCUAUGAAGAUAUUCUAGAUCCGCCUUCCAAAGAAAAUCCUUACGAAGACAUUGAGACUGACAGCCGAUGUCUUGUGAAGAAGUGUGUUCCUGCCUUCCCAAGUCCAACAGCCUCUCUCCCUGGGACACCAACCAAGGUGCCACCAAAACCCACCUUUUUCAGACAGAAUUCAGAGCGUCGCAGUUUCAAGCUGUUGGACCUAAGGAAACUUGGGCGAGAUGGGGUGGCCUCUCCCAGCAAGCUCAGCCCCCCAUCUUCUCCGAGCAGCCCUGAUGAUGCUUUCUUCAGUUCAGGUGACUCACAGAAUGGACGCAGGCGAAGGAAAAUCCCAAGGCUGGUGAUGAAAAUUAAUACAAUUUAUGAGGCUAGACGAGGGAAGAAAAGAGUAAAGAGACUUUCUACAUCGACAGAAAAUAACUCUGGAAGGGUUACAGAUGACAACAGCGAGUCAGAUAGUGACACAGAGGAGAAGCUAAGAGCUCAUAGCCAGCGACUGGUUCAUGUAAAAUCCCGCAUGAGCCUGACUCCGAGGUACCACACGCUGGAACGGGAACUCAUUGAGUAUCAGGAAAGGCAGCUGUUCGAGUAUUUUGUUGUUGUAUCUCUUCACAAAAAAACAUCUGGAAGUGUGUAUGUUCCUGAAGUCACCCAGCAGUUUCCUUUAAAGCUUGAACGAUCAUUUAAGUUUAUGAGAGAAGCGGAGGACCAGCUGAAAGCCAUUCCCCAGUUUUGUUUUCCAGAUGCCAAAGACUGGUGUCCGGUCAGUCAGUUUGUCAGUGAGACUUUCUCAUUUGUCCUGACUGGCGAGGACGGCAGCCGGCGCUUUGGUUACUGUCGGCGUCUUUUGCCCAUUGCAAAAGGCAAACGUCUUCCAGAAGUUUACUGUAUUGUGAGUCGGUUGGGCUGUUUCAACCUCUUCUCAAAGAUUCUGGAUGAGGUGGAGAAAAGAAGAGGGAUCUCCCCGGCUUUGGUGCAGCCGUUUAUGAGAAGCAUCAUGGAGGCUCCAUUUCCAGCUUUGGGCAGGAAAAUCACAGUCAAGAACUUCCUGCCAGGGUCAGGAACUGAGGUCAUCGAGCUCUGCCGACCUUUAGAUUCUAGACUGGAACACGUUGACUUUGAGACUCUCUUCUCGACGCUCAGUGUUCGGCAUCUCAUACAAAUCUUUGCUUCUUUACUGUUGGAAAGAAGAGUCAUAUUCAUGGCAGACACGCUAAGCACCCUAUCAAAAUGCUGUCAUGCCAUGGUGGCCCUCAUAUACCCAUUUGCCUGGCAACACACAUACAUCCCUGUGCUUCCACCCUCCAUGAUUGACAUUGUGUGUUCACCCACCCCAUUUCUGAUUGGUCUGCUAUCCAGCUCUCUGCCUCGUCUGAAGGAACUGCCCGUGGAAGAGGUUUUGCUUGUUGACCUUGUGAAUGACAGGUUCCUGAGACAGAUGGACGAUGAAGACUCAAUCCUCCCGCGGAAGUUGCAGGCAGCUCUAGAACAAAUCCUGGAGCAGAAAAAUGAACUGGCGAGUGAAAAAGAUCAGGGGCCACAUCAAGAGGCCAGCUCAUUAAAUGAUGUUGUUUCUGAAGCCUUUGUGAGGUUUUUCGUGGAGAUUGUUGGUCACUACUCGCUGUUUUUAGUGCCAGGAGAGAAAGAAGAGAGGGCACUUCUUAGAGAAGCCUUUAGAAAAUCUGUCUCUUCCAAGAGUCUCCGCCGGUUUCUGGAGGUCUUCAUGGAAACGCAAAUGUUUGGUGGCUUCAUUCAGGAAAGAGAGAUGCGAAAGCAAGGCACAAAAGGUCUGUUUGAGGUUCGGGCACAGGAAUAUUUGGAGACUCUUCCAUGUGGGGAGCAGAGUGGUGUGAAUAAGUUCCUUAAAGGACUAGGAAACAAAAUGCGAUUUCGCCAUAAGAAGUAACACCAAUGAGUGGUGCCUAUGGACAUAUCUUAAGUUAUUAACAAGCUGUUUCCUGGUAAAAGAUAACACACUCAGAACAUCUAGUAAGGUUCUUCCAUUGCUGCUUGUGGGUUAGAAAAAGUUUACCUACAACACAAGAGGGAAGCAGGACAUUUUGGACAGAUGGGUGGAUUCUCAAUUACAGUCUGCCCUUCGGCCAAUGAAGACAGUGACCCUCUCUGCUGUAUCAUGCACUGGACACUUAUUGGAUAAGCUCCUCCUUUAUGCCAGACUGAAAUUAAUUCUGUUUUAGGUUAUUGUAAAUCUUUUUCUAUUUAUGUUCAGGUUGAAACAAAAGGAAGAACUAUUAGAGUACAAUGACAGUCACUUUCUGUAUUACCUCUGCUCUUUGUAACAUAGACAUCAGGGUACUUAGCUGCUGCAAGAGAACGUUUUGUGAGAAGUAACUGCUACAAUGUUAUGACUGAUGUGGGCGUUGCUAUACGGUUACCCAGACGUUCUAUGCGGAGUACAGUACUCCAUUAACAAAACUCAAAAAGCUAGUCGCACUAAAUGUGACCGAAAAAUCUAAUCACGCUUGGAUUUACUGGACAUUAUACUUGACUGGUUGUGGCCAGCAAGUAAACACACUCUGUUUCUUUAAAAACUGCAACUUUAAUGCUCUCGGUGGAUUAAUUAAACCGUAAUAAUCUAUUCAUAAGAUUAUUUGAAUAUCUCCAUAAAAUAUUUUAUUAAACAAAUCUUUAUUUUGAGAUUACUGUACAUUUUUAAGGCAAAUACUGUGACGUGAACUAUCACAGCCUGAUUAUCGUGAAGGAACUGGAUAACGUACUGGCCUUAUAUAUGCAGACAAUAUGAUGGGUAUGUCUGCAUAGGAAGACACGCCCAGACAAAUGGUUUGAUUUGUAGAGUAUAUAUGACUGUGAGAUAGAAUGGAAGAAGCACAGUUGCGAACAGUUAGCAAUGGACACCGGCAUCUUCCAUAAUAUGAAAGCAUUGAAAGCGAAUCCUAGCAAGUUAGAAGAAUGGCUGGAUAUGGUGUCAAACAGUUCUGGUAAGCUCCAGGUCAGUCACAUGUGGUCUGUUUAUGGAUUUGGUAACCAAAGAAAGCAAGAUUCUAGCCUGGAGCUUGUAGCUAGUGUGUAUAACAAGAAUGGCUGUCUUACGAUUUUAAUGUGUAUUUGGAAAGGCCAGAAGUAACAAACUUUACAAAAGGGACCUUCUGCACGAUAGUGAUGAACAAACUGGGUAAUAACACUAGAAAAAACAAAAUAAUCCUGUAAUCCAGUUAAAUAGAAUUUAACAGUGCCCCUAUGGGAAUUGCUGUGUACAAGCAUUAAAUUGUACUUUAUAUAUAUGUAUAUGUAUACUGUAAGAUUCACAAUAAAAUUGAGCCUGUGGUUUAUUUAAAA